AGGGCUGAGGGCACUGCCUGCAGGGGACAAGGGCGGCUGAGAGAAGGGAGGGAGAUGUUAAAGGCAGUGUGGAGGGGGGCUGCUGAGAGCUCACUGCGGGAGAAAUCUUCCCAGCCCUGAACAGGGCAACCAUGCCCUGAGGCAGCAAAUGUCCAACAGCAGCUUCCCCACAGAGUUCCUCCUCCUGCCAUUCGCAGACACGCGCGAGCUGCAGCUCCUGCACUUCGGGCUCUUCCUGGGCAUCUACCUGGCUGCCCUCCUGGGCAACGACCUCAUCCUCACAGCCGUAGCCUGCGACCACCGCCUCCACACCCCCAUGUACUUCUUCCUCCUCAACCUCGCCCUCCUCGACCUGGGCACUAUUACCACCACUAUCCCCAAAGCCAUGGCCAAUUCCCUCUGGGACACCACAGCUAUCUCCUACUCAGGAUGUGCCACCCAGGUCCUUUUCUUUUUCUUCUUGAUUGGAGGAGAGUAUUGUCUUCUCACUGUCAUGGCCUAUGACCGCUACAUUGCCAUCUGCAAACCCCUGCACUAUGGGACAAUAAUGAGCAGCAGAACUUGUGCCCAGAUGGCAGCAGCUGCCUGGGGCAGUGGCUUUUUCAAUGCUGUGCUGCACACUUCCAAUAGCUUUUCCCUCCCCCUCUGCCAAGGCAAUGUUGUGGACCAGUUCUUCUGUGAAGUUCCCCAGAUCCUCAAGCUCUCCUGCUCAGAUGCCUACCUCAGAGAAGUUGGGCUUGUUGUGAUUAGUUUGUCUUUAGCUUCAGGGUGUUUUGUUUUCAUUCUUUUCUCCUACGUGGAGAUCAUCAGAUCAGUGCUGAGGAUACCAUCCAAGCAGGGACAGCACAAAGCUUUCUCCACAUGCUUCCCUCACCUGGCUGUGGUCUCCAUCUUUUCCAGCACUGCCAUAUUUGCCUACCUGAAGCCCCCUUCCAUCUCCUCCCCAUCCCUUGACCUGGUGGUGACAGUUCUGUACUCAGUGGUGCCUCCAGCAGUGAACCCCCUUAUCUAUAGCAUGAGGAACCAGGAGCUCAAAGAUGCACUGACGAAGCUUACUCAGGCAGUAGUCCUUCAGCGGCAAUAA